CAGCACCAGCCGCAGCCGCCGCGGGAGCUGCUCCGGCCGCACCAUGCGAGAACUGGCCAUCGAGAUCGGGGUCCGAGCCCUGCUUUUCGGGGUCUUCGUUUUUACGGAGUUUUUGGAUCCAUUCCAGAGAGUCAUCCAGCCGGAGGAGAUCUGGCUCUAUAAAAAUCCUUUGGUGCAGUCAGACAACGUACCUACCCGCCUCAUGUUUGCAAUUUCUUUCCUCACACCUCUGGCUGUUAUUUGUGUGGUGAAAAUUAUCCGGCGAACAGACAAGACUGAAAUUAAGGAAGCCUUCCUAGCCGUGUCCUUGGCUCUUGCUUUGAAUGGAGUCUGCACAAACACUAUUAAAUUAAUAGUGGGAAGACCUCGCCCCGAUUUCUUUUACCGCUGCUUUCCAGAUGGAGUGAUGAACUCGGAAAUGCACUGCACAGGUGACCCCGAUCUGGUGUCCGAGGGCCGCAAAAGCUUCCCCAGCAUCCAUUCCUCCUUUGCCUUUUCAGGACUUGGCUUCACGACGUUUUACUUGGCUGGCAAGCUGCACUGCUUCACCGAGAGUGGGCGGGGGAAGAGCUGGCGGCUCUGUGCUGCCAUCCUGCCCCUGUACUGCGCCAUGAUGAUCGCCCUGUCCCGCAUGUGCGACUACAAGCAUCACUGGCAAGAUUCUUUUGUUGGUGGAGUCAUUGGCCUCAUUUUUGCCUACAUUUGCUACAGACAGCACUACCCGCCUCUGGCCAACACAGCUUGUCACAAACCCUACGUCAGUCUACGAGUCCCGCCGUCGCUGAAGCAAGAUGAGAGGCCCACGGCCGACAGCGCACCCGGCCUGCCCCCUGAGGGGAUCACCGAGGGCCCCGUAUGACUGGGACCUCGGAGGAGGGACACUGAGCCCAGGCCACGCUCCACCACCUAUCAUAACACAGUAGAAGAGGUUUUCUGUAGUGUGUUCCUCAUCAGUUGUUUCUCCAAAUUAUCCUUCUGCUUCCAUUUUGCCGACGGUGUUCCUGCUACUUUACAUGUCUACUUUCAGCUCUCCUGAGUUUGCAAGGGAAGGACCCAGGAACAUUCUCUGAGAGACCUGUGGGUUUGGAAGGAGGCUGCAAGGGUGGGCGGGCACAGCUUGGUCGAUUCCUGCAUCUGAAAUGUUUUUUAUCACAGCCACCAUCCUAUGAUUUCAUGGUUGUAAAGCAUA